AGGCAGUGUUGAAAAUGCCGGGUUCGGAAUAAACGGGUUUUCGCGUAUCGAAGUUAUACUUCGUACCGGCAUUAUUUUACGCGUGUUAUAAUUUGAAAAAAAAAUAUAUCAAUUUUAAUUUAUUACAUUUAUUUAUUUUUUGAAAAAUGAGUUUUAGUUGAAAUCAUUUUUUUUGUCAACUUAAAAUCUUUUGAAAAAUGUAAUUGAAUAGUCAAAGUUGGAUUACCUACUUUUUAAGAUUUGAAUUAAUUUUUUUUGUGAAGUUACUGCGGUAUUUAUGUUAAAUAAAUAAAUUAUUUUCUAUUCAAAUAAAUCCCUCAUCUAUUCAUUGGUGUGAAAUUUCAAAACUCGAAUUAUAAAUUUGUUACUAAAAUAAAACAAUGUGAUUUGCGCGAUUUUAGCGGUGAAUUUGACUUUUAUCCUAGUGAAAAAAAAAUUAGAAAAUCCGGCACGGUUUUCGAAAUAUGUGCGUUCGUCAUAAGCCGUCCUGAUGGUGUCUUAUUUAUUUUUGAUAAUGAUUUUAAGUGACGUCACAGCGACCCUGACUUCUAGUCGCAUCGUCCGUACGAAAUACGGUGACGUAACCGGUGUAAUUGUAACUCCUGAUUCUAGGCAUUUGGACGCUGUGGAAAUAUUUCGAGGUAUCCCGUACGCUUCACCGCCAACUGGAAAUUUACGGUUUAUGCCUCCGGUAACGGGAGCAUUAUGGUCCGGUAUCAAAUUAGCCGAUAAAUUUAGUCCAGUUUGUCCGCAAAGAUUACCAGAUAUAUCGAAUGAAACGGCCGCUUUGAAAAGAAUGCCUAAAGGAAGACUGAAUUAUUUGAAACGAUUAAUGCCUUAUUUGCAGAAUCAAAGUGAAGAUUGCUUGUAUUUGAAUAUCUACGUUCCAGUACAAGUGAGCGAAACCAACCGUAAAUUUCCAGUAUUAGUAUUAAUCCAUGGUGAAUCGUAUGAAUGGAAUAGUGGAAAUCCUUAUGAUGGAACUGUCCUCGCCAGCUAUGGAGGUCUACUCGUUGUAACGAUCAAUUAUCGUCUAGGUGUACUAGGUUUUUUAAACAUCAAUACCGAUGAAAAUAUCAAAUCACCGUCCAACUACGGAUUAAUGGACCAGAUAGCUGCUUUGCAUUGGCUUCAAGAAAAUGUUAGUGAAUUUGGAGGCGAUCCUGCGAAUGUUACCUUGCUAGGUCAUGGCACCGGAGCAGCUUGCGUUAAUUUUCUAAUGACAUCUUCGGCAGUCCCCGACGGAUCACUUUUUCAUCGAGCUAUUCUUAUGAGCGGGUCAUCGCUGAGUCCAUGGGCGCUGAUCAGGGAUCCCAUGCGGUAUACGAAACAAGUGACUGAUUUUGUAAAUUGCUCUUUGGAUCUUCCGCAAGUAAAUUUAUUAAAGUGCUUGCGAAGUCGACCUUUGGAGUUGUUUCUAAAAGUUCCUAUCGAUGUUCCGGAGUUCACUUACGCUUUCGGGCCCAGUAUAGAUGGAGUUGUUAUUGAUACGAAUUUGGCUGAUUUUAUCACAUCCAGUAUCGAUGAAAAUCUAUUGAAGUUGGCAGAAACGUAUAAAACUAAGACACCGAACGAUCGGUCGCUCACUUCCGGAGAUUUGUUUCAAAAAAUGAUCGCCAAACUAUCGAGAUUCGAUUUAUUACUUGGAAUCGUGCCGGCUGAAUCUUUUCCCAUAUUUACAGCCGAUGAUAUACAAUAUGGAAUCGAGGCCGAUAGAAGGUCGAAAAUUUUGAAAACUUUUAUCAAAAAUGUUUACAGGUAUCAUUUGACUGAAAUUUUGGCUACAAUAAUCAACGAGUAUACGGAUUGGGAACGACCGGUCCAGCAUCCUGUUACGAUACGAGAUGGUACUCUAGAAGCUUUGACUGAUGCUCAAUACGCUGCCCCUAUUUUACAAAUUGCGGACUUCCAUUCUUCAGCAAGACGAAAUUCAUACCUGUAUGUGUUCGAAUAUCAGACCAAAUAUGGCGAUUAUCAACAGAGACAAGGUUGUGUUCACGGAGAAGAAAUGCCGUACGUAUUGGGAGCUCCAUUAGUUGGCGGUUUAUCACAUUUCGUUAGAAAUUACACAAAGUCCGAAAUGUACCUGUCUGAGGCGACAAUUACCUACUGGAGUAACUUCGCAAAAACUGGGACGCCGAAUAGUGUUUCUGAACCAGAAGUAUUGCAUAAUGUACGACAGGAAAGGAAUCGCCUGAAAAAUAUCGAAUGGAUUGCUUAUGAAAAUGUGCAUAAAAAAUAUCUCAGUUUAGAUAGCUCCAAAAUUAAACUGAAGAAUCAUUAUCGAGCCCAUAAGCUAUCGUUUUGGUUAAAUUUAGUUCCAGAAUUGCAUAAGUCUGGCUCGGAUGAUAUACCAUCAACUCAUCAUAUGUUCAGAAGUGAUUUAGAUAAGAAAGAUAAAUUAGCAGGACGUACGAAAUCUUCAUCUAGUAACUCUAGGGACCAUGGAGACGAUCAAAAUGUCGGAAACGAUAUUCUAAACAGUAGCACUGGUCUUUCUCAGACACCUGUUGUGGUCGUCGCUCAAUCUUCGUACAACCGUACAAAUCAAAAUAACAUGGAUACAAAAACUCGUGGAAGUGGUGGACACGAUGAAAACUACCCUGUGUAUUCGACCGCGCUCAUCAUCACCAUUGGUAUCGGUUGUACGUUAUUGUUGCUGAACAUCUUGGUUUUCGUAGCAGUUUAUUACAGAGAUAAAAGCAAUAGACGUAGACACCAUCAUAGCUGCCAAAGAAGAAAAAGGCACCAUGAACACUGUGAUAGUUCAUGUAGUGUAAGCAAUAGUAGUUUAAGGGAUACGCCGGAUAUCUGCACGAAGAUAUGUAAACCACCGGUGGAGAACGGAGGAAUUAAAUCAAAUUUCGCGUCGAGUUCGGACACAGAGACGCAGCCAUUAUCGGAUAGCCAAAAAUGCGUUCAAUUACCUUCUAUUUUAAAAAAACCCCAACAGUUACCAAGUUCCAGUCAAUCAUCGUCGUUGAUUCUGCAACCAUCGCAACAUCUCACUCAAGAAGUACCGAUAGAAUUAUCGAAUUUUAAAUUCAGUAUGAAUAAAAGUUCAACCCUACCGAGACCUCCGCCACCGCCUAGAAUUCCAAAAUCGCCCGAUCAAAUGGGCUCUUCGUCUAUUUAUCAAAAUUACAAAAUAGACGCUACUUUGGAUAGGAAACAUAGACAAACUAAAGAAUUCGAUGAUUUACGAGUGUGACAAACCGAAUCCGGUUACGGUUUCGCGUUAUAGGUAAUUUUUUUUAAUACCUACAAAUUUACUACUCAAAACUCGUUGCUCUCCUCGUAGACGUUGUAAAUAUUACGUAUUCAGCUGUUAUAUUCUUCGAUUUUUUGUACCUAUACGAAUUAUGAAAAAAUUCGACGACUAUUUCUUUUAAGCGAUAACUUUGUAUGUUACCUAGAAAAAUAUUAUAAAUAACGAACUUCCAGAAAGCAUUACUCAACGGCUUUCGUAAAAAUAGUUCUUAUCUUUUUUCUCCUACGUUUUUUGUACAUUUUGUUUAUACGUACAUUACCAUUAAUAUGUUUUGUCUCUAGUUCAACUUUUUCGAUACUGCAUUAUUUUAUAUCAUUCGACGGUAAACUCAUUAUCUGUGAUCUUAUUUUUUUAAGCAGCGUAUGUAACUGAUAUUUAAAACUUGUAUUUGUUAUUUAAAAAAAGAAAAUAAUCAAUUCGAUUUGAAUUAU